UCUGGUCGCUUCCGCGCGCUCUCGCUCUCGCUCUCUCGCGGCAAGCUGAAAGGCAGAAAAACAACAGAAACUGAGAAACCAAGAAACUGGGCAACAGUAAAAAGCUGAAAGGCGAGGAAAGACUGAAAGUGUGCUGUAGUUUUAUUUAAUCAGUUGCAACGGCGAGUUAAACACGCACACACACGCACACACCUGCGUAUAUUUUUUUAAGCGAAAAACCCGAAAACGAAACCGCCUCGAAACCUGUGCAUUUUUGUAUGUGAUGGCCAAAAAUGGUUUUGGAGACCGAAAGCAAAAAGUUCUUGAUCUCGAAUAACAAUAAUAGUUGUAGUAACAACAAUAAUAACAACAACAACAACAGCAACGACAGCCUGGGUGCCGCCGCAAAAACCCAACACAAUAACAACAAUAAUAACAGUAACAACAAUAGCAUUAAGCAGGAGGUGCAGGAGGACGCGGCGGUGAGGAGUUCCCAUCAUUCCAGCCACUUGGCACUUCCAGUGCAGCAACAACAGCAGCAGCAGGAAUCCAUUGCCGCUUCCAGUGCAGCCGUCGUCGGACCCGCUAUGCCCUCCGAGGGCCUGCACCCGACGGCCGCCCUGCAGCUAUACGCCGCCGCCGCCCAACUGGCCCCCGGCGGUGUCCGCGUCCCGCCCUGGGGUCCCUUCCUUCAGUUCGGCGUUCCCGGCGUCUUUGGCCCCAACGGUCCGUUCUUGGGCCGCCCGCGUUUCGAUGCAGCCGCCGCAGCGGCCGCUGCCGCCGGCGCUGGUCAUCCCAAUUCCGCGGCAGCCGCGGCGGCGGCCACGCAAAUGGCGGCGGUUAAUGCCAGCAACGCCUUUGCCAAUCUAACGGGACUGAGCGCCGCCGCCCUGAGGAAUGUGAGUGCCGCCCAAACAACGGCCGUGGCGGCGGUGGCCAGCACCGUGGCCACCAUCCAGCACCGGCUGAUGAUCGGCAACCGGCAGAGCCUGCCGCCGGCGGGGCCGCCUAGCGAGGGAUCCAACGAGGAUGGCGGCUUUCCCGGCGACGGCGAUGACGAUAGCAGCGCGGCCAAGCGCCGCAGGUCCCGCACCAACUUCAACUCCUGGCAACUGGAGGAACUGGAGCGAGCCUUCUCCGCCAGCCACUAUCCGGACAUCUUUAUGCGAGAGGCCCUGGCCAUGCGGCUGGAUCUCAAGGAGUCGCGAGUUGCGGUAUGGUUCCAGAAUCGACGUGCCAAGGUGCGGAAGCGUGAGCACACCAAGAAGGGACCCGGCCGCCCCGCCCACAAUGCCCAGCCCCAAACCUGCAGCGGUGAGCCCAUUCCGCCCAACGAGCUCAAGGCCAAGGAGAGAGCCCGUCGCCGAAAGAAGCUGGCCAAGGCGAUCGACCGGCAGGCGCGCAAGCUUCAGGCCAAGGGCAUCACCGUGGACCUGGAGGCCCUCAAGGCCGAGUACAUAUCACAGCACAAGGCGAAUGGAACCUUCUCGGACUCGGAUCUCGAGGACGAUGGCAUCCAGAUCGAUGUGGUUGGCGGCACCGAUAGCGACGAUGAGCUGGAUAGCGAUGCCGUUAGUCCCGCCCGCAUGGGUGCCGCUUCCUCCUCGCAGCAGAACUCCUCGAUCCACUGUGGAUUGGACGGUGAUGGGGAUAGUUCGCGGGCUGGUAGCUUCAUUGGCGGCGGCGGCAGCCUGGGCAGUCCCAGCUCGGUGGCGCCCAACUCGAUGCUCUCGAAUGGUGGCAUAAAUAGCGGUGGCUUUGGCAAGCUGGAGCCCAUGGAUGGUAAUGAGUCGGAGGAGCGGGAUAGAGACCGGGACUCACCGAAGCCGCUGCUCUUUCCCGCCAAGGCAUUCCAUCAACUGAACCUGCAAAGCCAAAGCCAGCAGCAGCAGCAGCAUGGACAGCAUGGCCAGGGCCAGAUGCACCAUCACCAUCACUCGCACUCGCAUCAUGGCAGCAAUAGCACUGCCUCCUCGGCAGCGGCGACGGCGGCGGCGGCGGUGGCCAAUCUGGUGCACCAGACCACGCCGAUCAGCAUGCGUCGCAGCAAUCCCUUCAGCAUCGAGUCCCUGCUGUUCAACAACACGUGAGGCAACCACGGAAGGAUCUGCCUACGCCUACGUAUCCCUAUUGUUCCCUUGUUUCUGGCGUUCCUAGAAUAUUUUGCUCACCUUGUUCGAACGAACCACUUUUCCAACUCAGUUUUUCCCAAGGCUUCGUUUUGGAGUCCCCAAACGUCCUUGAUCUAUGUAUCCUUCGGUUGAGAGCUUGAAUAUUCCCUAAGUGAUUUAUUUAUUCAAAUAUUGUGUAAUGCAUUUUUUUUUAUUAAGUGUAGCUCCUUUUUUUUUUUGUGUGUAAUCUUAGACCUUGUUCCCAGAGAGAGACUAAAUUAGCGUUGUAAAUGAAUUUAUUAUUUGUACUUCGUAUAUAUAUAUAUAUAUAAAUAUCCCUUUUUUUUAGAGUGGCUGAUGCCCAAAGCAAUGCUUGAAACAUGAAUAAUAUAAAUAAUAUAAUUAUGUAAUAAAAAUGUAUCGACUAAGGACAUUUUUUUUUCUCAAAAGUGUGAGUGUGCAUGAGAGUUGUGUGCGUGAAACAAGCCUGUGUAAAAAUGUAAUUUAAUUUAGCAAAAAACAAAAACAAACCGAAGUAAAAAAAAGAAAAUCCCUAUAAAAGAAAACCCAAGAGUUAAGUAAGUGGAAUUUUUUUUUGUGUAAGAGAAGAGAAAGUAUAUAUUACAAAUAUGAUGAAAAACACACAACCUACCCCUCCCCCCACAAUAUUACAUAUAGAAAUGCAAAGAAAAAGGCAAAAGUGGCUGCUACAAAAAAUUAUAUUGUAUCUAAACAUAAAAAAAACACACAAACUGAUUGUCAAACAAGAAUAAAAUGCGAAUCUGUAAAGAGAGAAAACCAACAUAAAAAACA